UUGUGGGAGCUGCAGAGUUCCACUCACAGUGCGGAGAGACGUGUGCGGGAUCCAGGAACGGCCGCAUCCCGGCCUGACAUCGCACACACAGGGGGAGACACAGCCGGACUCGUGCAUCCAGGGUCCCGGGCCGGGUAUGGCGGACGGGGCGGAUCUUAUAGAUAUUUACGCCGAAGAAGAGUUCAUGCAGGUGGGGGAGACCCGGGCCGGCGCCAAGAGACAUGAAUCUGAGUUUGCUGCUGAGCAGCUAGACUUGUAUGAUGAUGUCUUGGCAGUUGCAUCUCUUGGUCCGGUUCACAAUGAUGGGAAGACUAAUGAACCGACCUCCCCGGUACAGGCCACUUUAGCCGAAUCCAACAAGAAGACUCCGGCCAUGCUGUACACCUACAACAAUGUGCGUGUGAAGGCCUCUGUGUACAUAGGAAACUUCACCUGGUGGACGACAGAUCAGCAGCUGCUCUCCGCCAUCCGCUCAGUUGGCGUCCAUGACCCUGUGGAACUGAAGUUUGCAGAGAACCGGGCUAACGGCAAAUCGAAAGGGUAUGCUGAGGUGGUCCUCUCUUCAGAAGCCUCUUUGAGUCACAUUUUGGAACAGUUGCCUUCAAAGAAAGUAAAUGGGAAGAAGCUUGAUGUUCGACCAGCAAACAGGCAGAGCCUAUCAUUCUUUGAGGCAAUUGCACGAAAAACGGAGGGUGUUCCUAAUUCAAAGGACUCUGUGGACCCUGCAGAUGGCUUCUUCAGCCCCACUGAUCCUGCUGUGUCAUUACCACGACUAGAGACUCCCAAAAAUGUUGUGCAGUACUUUGCACGCCCACCUUUCAUGGACAACAAUUCUCGCAUCCCUGUUAUGACCCUCCCUCGUCCUCCGAUGUCCGUUCCUCCCCCUCCUUCAUCUGCCUUACCUGCGGUAUACAGAGCCCCCCCAAUUCCUCCCAUGCACUAUUCCCACCUUAUGCCCCCACCUCCAAGGCUGCCACCUCCACUAAUGCCUCCCCCAGGUGGGGUUCCUCCAGCUCUUCAUCUGAACCCUGCAUUUUUCCCUCCUCCAAAUUCCAUGGUCUGUCCCCCACCUGAUCCAUACAAGAUGAUUUCCAAUCCCUAUCUACAAGGACGGGAUAUGAAACUCCAACAACCCCUGGUCAGUGAAGCAGAAUUUGAAGAGUUAAUGAACAGAAACAGAGCGAUAUCAAGGAGUGCACUUUCCAAUGCUGUUUGUGGGGCAACGUCAGGAGAUUAUGCAAAUUCCAUAAAAACCCUGGAGACAGCUAUUGCUGUUAUAAAGGAGUCUCGUGUAGCCAAUGAUGAUCGUUGUCGUGUCCUCCUGACAUCUCUCAGAGAUUGCCUACAUGGAAUACAGGACAAGGCAAACUCUUCCAGGAAACGACACCGCUCCAGAGAGAGAUCACCUAGCCGGUCACGAGAAGGCAGCAGCCGGCGUCAUAGAGACCCACAUGAAGAUCGAUCAGAUGAUUAUUAUCAUGACCGGCAUCGCGACAAGGACAGACAUCGUUAGUACAGGCCUCAAGGAUGAUGCACAGAUUUUUUUUUUUUCCUUUUUAAUUAAGAGGGACAAUUUUGUUGUGACCUGGGGAUGCCACGUGACCCUCCAGCUACAAAUUGUCGCAGCCCCUCCCCUGGGAAUUAUUCCAUUUCAUGCAGGGACCAUCAUGUCUCCUUUACGAAGCACAGCUCUUUCCAUCCUUUGCCCAUCGACACGCCUGCGCUGGAAACCCUGAGGAUACAGCCUCUCCGCUGUGCAGGCCAUACUGUUUCUCCAGGAUGGUGUUUUGUUUUUUUUUGUUUUUUUUUUCCCCUGCUUCUGAAGAUCUGCCGCUGUCUCACCAAACAAUAGUUGAUUUCCUUCUCUCUCUACGUGUUUCUCUCUCGUUCUUGUUGCGGCUCGUUCAUCUAAAGAGAUUAUUUAUAUUCAGUGACUCUUAACUUCCAUACAGUGACACCUGUAACUUCGAGCUCUGUUCCGUAAGUGCACUGACUUAAUACAGCCAGUUUUUUGGUCCCCCUUCCCUUUUGUCUUCUGGUUCACCCACUGCUGAGGUGCGCUGGAAAACGCAGCUGAAUGUGUUGUAUAGUAAGACCACUCUUUGCUGAGACGGAACUGGAGAACGGAACUAACUCCCUGCCCUGUCCCUUUCUAACCAUAGUAUUUGAGUUGUAUGGAGGGAGUGCAUUGACCAGGUGUGUCCAUGGGAGGGGUGAGUUCAGUGCUUGGCCAACCAAUUUUUUUUUUUUUUAUGUAUAUAAAAAAUGUAUCAAGACUUUUAGUUGUGCAUCUAUGGUGGGGACAUUGUAGCUUACAAGGCACCAUUUACUACCCUUGCCUCCCAGCAGCGGGGAAUUCACCCCUCCCACAAGACAUUCAUUAUCUCUACCUGGGAAUUGUGAAUAAACUUGAUAAUGUUGUCAAUAUUUUA